AUGAUGUCAUUGAUUUCAGUUCAAGAGUGAUGUCUAGACUCAACAAUCGUGUUAACGAUAUGAAAUUGAAGUACUCAGCGGACGUGAUAAUACUAACAGAUUGGUAUCUUAAUUACCAUGCAGCACAGUGCACCAUUUCUGCUAGUGAGUUUACUCAAGUUGUGCAGUCAACAUCUUGGUGCUCUCGCACAUCUUAUGACUCUGUAUAUGAAGCUGUAGAGAAACUGCUGGAAUUUACCAGCAGUGGGGUUGAUGCGUUAAAGACAAUUUCGCAGGAUGAUUUAAUGAAACUGAUUUCUGAAGUAGAUUUUGCCAAGCUGAGCCAAGAUGUAUUAGAAAGAAUGUCAAAGAGUUGUUUCAUUCCCAUGAAGGUCACUAUGGAGGGGGCCAUCAGUGUGUGCUCCCAACUCAGACAACAACUUCAAACGUGCAAAUCGGUUCUGAGGUCUGUGAUAGACAAACAGAAAUGUCAGAAAGUCCGUAAUCGCUUGAAAGUGAUGUUGUUGCAAGGCGGAGUCAAUUUUGCCAACGAACUUUAAAGUUAGGAAAGAGAUGAGACAGUUGACAUAUCUUGAUGUAAUUGCAGUGACUGUAUACGUACUGUAUGUACGUUUGUAUAGGUUUUGAUAGCUUCCUACUUGUAUAGUAAUACUUUGCCAACAACACUUAAGGUUGUAUUUUCAACGACAUAGGUUAGUUAGUUUAUUUGUUUGUUUGUUGGUUUGUGAGCGGGGCUAUACUCAAAACGUGUGGAUGGAUUUUGAUGGGGUUGAUAGAACUUUGAUAGAGGACAAUUGAUUAGUUUUGG